AUGUCAAAUCGACUUGAUGUUAUUAUAUUUGGGGCCAGUGGUUAUACUGGUCAGUAUGUCAUCGAAGAAAUGGCAAGAAAAGGAAAACAAUAUGGUUUUAAAUGGGGUAUUGCUGGAAGAACAGUUGAUAAAUUAAAACAAGUACUUCAACAAGCUUCAAAGUUUACAGGUAUUGAAAAUCUAGAUUCAACUAUUGAUACAAUUACUGCGAAUGUUACAAAUAAACAAUCGCUGGUGGAUAUGUGUGCUCGCACAAAAGUUUUAAUUAAUUGUGUUGGACCUUAUCGACAUUAUGGAGAACCUGUAGUACAAGCUUGUCUUGAAGCACGUACACAUUAUAUUGAUAUAUCUGGUGAACCACAAUUUCUUGAAACAAUACAACUUCAAUAUGAUAGUCAAGCUGCAGAACGUGAAACUAUUAUAGUUGGUAGUUGUGGUUUUGAUUCUCUUGUUGCUGAUCUUGGUGUUGAAACAAUUCGACAAGAAUGUGAUCAGAAAAAUCUUGAUAUUGCAUUUAUUGAAAGUUUUUUAUCAAUGAAACAUGCUAAAACAACAGGUGGAUUAAUACAUUAUGCAACAUGGGAAUCAGCUGUUUAUGGAGUUUCUCAUGCAAAGGAAUUAAAAAACAUUCGUAAACAAUUAUUUCAACAAAAAUUACCAUAUUCAAAAUAUAAAAUUGACCGACGACCAAUUUUUAAAACAGCACUUAAUGGUGAACCCACUUGGGCAAUACCUUUUCCUGGUAGCGAUAAAUCUGUUGUUCAACGUACACAAUAUUUUAAUUAUACACAAUUAAAUAAAAAACCGAUUCGUUUUCAACCUUAUCUUCAAAUAUCUUCAUUAUUUGCAGUAAUUCAAAUUCUCUUUUUUGCUUCUAUUUUCUCUUUAUUGACUAAAUUUAAACUUGGUAUUCAAUGUUUACUUAAAUAUCCAGGACUAUUUUCUGGUGGAUGUGUAACACACGAAGGACCAACACGAGCUGAGUGUGAACAAGCUUCAUUUAAAAUGACAUUUGUAACUCAUACAGAGAACAAACAAAAAUUAACUCAUGAAUUCACAGGACCCGAUCCAGGGUAUCUUGGUACAUCAAAAAUGUUAAUAGCUUGUGCAGUUAUGUUACUUAAAGAGAAUGAUCGUUUACCAGUCAAAGGUGGAGUAUUGACACCAGGAGCAGCAUUUGGACGUACAAUUUUAAUGGAUUAUUUAGAAAAAGAAGGCUUUUCGAUGACUCGAAAAUAG